AUGAAGUAUGAACCGGCUAGUUUAUGCCUACAGCGUUGCGCUUUAAUUUCUUAUGCCAAAUUCAAAAAAGUAGAAAUUGAAUGGAAAUUAAUUAACAGAAUUAUUCCGACCGUUCAACAGAAAUUUUUCGAUACAAUUACCGAGACUGAAUUGGAGCAACUAAAGCAAGCAAAAACUAGAGCUAGUUCUGCCAUUAAUCAGCGAAAUAAUUUAAUAUUGGACUUCUUGUUCUAUACCGGAAUAAGACAAGGCAUUUCAACGGAGGUUCUGAUUACUUGUUCAAAAACUAUCAGGAUUAGCCCUCAUACCUUUCGUCGCAGUCUUGCUACUAAUAGUAACAAUAAGCAAGUGAGAUUAACUACUAUUCAGAAAGUGUUAGGGCAUAGUCGAUUGGAUACUACUGCUAGAUAUAUCCAUAAUUCUUACGAAGAACUUUAUCAAGAUUACAGCAAAUUAUGA